UUAAAACAGCGAUGUUUCUUUUAUCAGCAUUUCGGUUGAUGCCAUAUCAAAAAAUUUUGAAGGCGAGUCUGCCACUUAACACAGGUUACAGAUUAUACUAUGGAAAACCAAUUGGAAAAAAACAAAUUCAAGAAGAAGUAUUCUUUAGUCAGAAUUACAUCGAUAUGGAAAGAGUUAAUACAAUGAUGAAAAUCAAAUCUGGUGAUAGAAUUCUAACCAUCGCUGCAAAUGGAGCACACGCCCUUUCGAAGCUACUCGCGGACCCAAAAGAAGUGAUCGCGUUAGAUGUCAGCGCCCCUCAACUUCACAUGGCUAAGUUACAAACGACUGGAAUGGAACUUCUAUCCAGGUCGGACUUUUGUACACUGAUAGGUAUAAAUAGGAGAAAAAUCGCUGAAAGUGAGAGGCUCGAACUUUAUGAACAUAUUAGAAGUGCCCUGAAACCGGAAACUAAAGCAUAUUGGGAAAAACACUUGAACUGCAUUGAAGAUGGUUUACUUUAUUGCGGCCACCAAGAUAGAAUAGUCAAUGAGUUCUCGAAGUCAAGACUUCCUGAGAUACAUGAUGACUCAACGAUCAAACAGUACCUUGAAUUAGGUGAUGACAUGGACGAGCAGCUUAGAUUUCACAGUGAGAUUUGGAAUUCAAAGCCUUGGAAGAAAGAGUAUACGGACAUGCGUAAUAAAUUUGCAGCCCAAGUGUAUGAUCCUCCAGACGAUGGUAUUAAUUAUGGAUUGGCAUGUUUGAAGCAGUUUGAUAGAAUGGUGCAACACGUCCCAAAUAAUAAAAAUGAGUUUUUGGAAGCAUUGCUCACGGGUGACGUAACUGAGGAAUGUCGACUGCCUGCAUACUUAAGAGAGGGAAAUUAUGAAUUCAUCAAAGAGAGACUCAAUAGAAUAAGUUGGAUUCAAGCAGACAUUGCAGAGUAUAUUGGCGAUGUUUCAAAGAGAAAGAAUACCCCAAAAUUUGAUGGAAUAAACUUUACAACUGCUCUCAGUUACAUGCAAAAAACUCCGUACAAAUUGAACACGAUGAUGAAUCAUGCUGCAGUAAUAUGCAACACUGGUUCGAAGCUUGUAUAUUACACACUUGAGGAAUUCAAGAUACUCUUUCCCGAUAAUAUGAUGGAUAAACUGAUAAAAUAUGAUGGUCAGGAUAACAAAUUUGGUUUAUUAUUUAUUCCGACGGUGGCAACGGUAUUGUAA